AUUGCACGGGCAGGGUACAGAGGCACUGAGAUGGUGUGGGCAGAGGGGCAGCAAGCGUGGCGGCGUGGCUGGACAGGACGUGCCGCGGCGUGGAAGAGGCAGCAGUAGAAGGCAGAAAGAAGGAAGGCGGCGGGCGGCGGUGGUCGUGUUUGCGCGCGCGUGGGGGGGGACGGUCAGGUGAUCAAUAGCUUGCUAGUUCGCGGCGGCUCCGGGUGCGUCGAGGAGCAGGAGGUGCGAGAGGGGCCCAGCCAGUGACGAUGGUGCCAGUGUGAUGCCCAGCAGGGCUGUCGAGACCCGCGGGCACGAGACCUUCACCAGCACGACAACAAUAACAGCGCCUAAACCACAACGCUAAGAGGAACCCUGCCCCGACGCCGCACGUUUUACCGGGAUAUACUGCCAUCAUGAAGCGGCGGAUCGGAUUUGGGAACGACGGUGAAUUUAUGACUUUUAUGCUCGACGUGCCCGAUCGGUCACAGAGGCGUGGCGCUAACGGGGGCAGCGACGCCACCACCGAUGAUAGCAAGAGCGACGACAACAAUGAUGAUGAUGAGCAGGACCACCACCGCCAUCACCACCGCAACCACCACCACCACCUCACCUCCUCCCACCACAAAUCGAGUCACCACCACCAGACAAGCCACCGGAGCAGCAGGACGCGGGGGGAGUCCGCUGCCAACGGGGAGUGUGACCGGUACAGCGAUGUGACCAGCACGCGACGCACCACUCGGCUGCAGGAGGCUGAGAAGGAGCAGCAACAACAACAGGAGUUGCAGGAGCAGCAGCAGUUGGACAGCGGCAGCAAGCACGUCUCCAGGUCACACCGCGAGUCCCGCCGCUCAGGAAGGCACCACUCCAAGGCCUCCGAGAAGCCCCCGAAGAAUAACAAUCACCUGAAGGAGUUAAAAGACGACACCGUUAAGUGGAAUCAGGAGAACAGGUUAAGGGCGGGCGACGGGAGCGUGAGGAGGUACGAGGAGGAGGACGAGGAGGAUGAAGAAGACGAGGAGGAGGAGGAAGGCAUCGGUCUGCUGGAGCCUCAGGUGAAGGGGAGCCGCGGCCACACCCACGCCGAGGAGCGCCGCGAGAAGAAGGCGCGAGUCAAGCUAAAAUCCAAAGAAAUCAAGUGCAUCGUGGACAGCGAGGCCGCAGCGGUCAUUCAGAACAACCUAGGCGGCCACUCCCCUCCCAAGAGCCCAGACCUGCAGCCGCUCCUCCCGCAGUCCCCACAGCCGCAGCAGCUCCUAUCCCGCGCCCCGCAGCACGAGCUGGACCACAACCACCACACCCUUCACCACAUCAGCCACAAUAACCACCCUUCCGCCGCCACCACGCCCUCCUUACUAGUACAAGAUGUGGAGGUGGAGUCAUACCCUGCUCCUCUUCCUCCUCCACCCGCUCUUCCUCACCACCACCACCAGCACCACCACCAUCACCACCACCACCACCACCCACCCGCCUCCACAUCCCCGCCCUCCCCAUCACCACAUCAACCGCAGGGGCCGCUCCCGCCGCAGCACCUCACCACGCUGCAACACCCCCAGCAGGUGCAGCAACAAAUGCAGCCUCAACUACAGCUGCAGCAACAGUUGUUAUCUGAGGAUCUGUACAUCGACAGCAACAGUCAAGUGAGUCAAGACGCUGAGGACAAGAAGAAGAAGAAGGAUGACAGGAGAGACGAGAAGCGGAAGAAGAAACUGAAACACCUGGAGGAGGAGAACCUGUCGAAGCGGCUGUACGACACCCGGGAGGUGGCGGCGCCAGAACUACGCCCGCCACCCGCCGACCUCCUGCAGUCCAAGGUCAAGGAGCAGGAGACCACGGUGCUGGGAGGCGUUGGGGGAGUGAGGGAGGAGGAUGAGAGGCGCGUGGCCAUACGCAUCAAGCUGUGUGGGGAGUGCGGUGCGCGCCAUGUGGCGGGAACGUGCCCCUUCACCCGCCCCACGCACGUCCUGCCGGACUCCUGCCCGCCCCCCACCCCGCACACCCACGAACUCCCACAACAAAACGGCGUGAUCGUGGCCCCGCCCCACAGGGAGUCUCCAGUGAACCUGUCUGGAGGCGGUGGAGGGGCGGGGCGGGAGGAGGAGAGAGAGACGGAGACUUGGCGUGACCCUCAGCGGCCUGGCUCUCCUACUUCGUACGCCCGCACCUCCCUUCCUCCCGGCCUGGCCCUGGAGCGGCGGGUGCUGCCACCCCCGAGUGACAACAACGUGGACAGCGACAAUGACGUCGGUGUGGUGGGAGUGACGCAGAUCCCCGGGCGGCAGGUGGAGGUGGUGGUGGCCCGCGCCGCCAUCACCCGCUACACCCAGCUAGGUCCCGUGGUGGGCGUGCCCGUGCGGGAAAGGGACAUCCCCGACGACUUCUGCAUGGUGAACCUGUGGGAGCUGUUCGGGGCUGAGGGCAAACGAUACCUGAGCACCGUGGACCCGCGGAGAAGUAACUGGACCCGCUACCUGAGACCUGCCCCAGACCGAGACUCAGCCAACCUGGUGGUCGUGCUGAGACCAAUCGUUGAAGCGGGUGAGGAUAGCUCGGGCUUGGUGGUGAUGGGCGGAAGCGGGUCUGGCGGCGGCGUGGGUGUUUUCCUCAUCACCACGCAGGACGUGAGCGUCGGCCAGGAGCUCAUGUUCUGGGCCCACGACCCGACUCUCGCCUGGUCCAGGAAGAAGAUGGAGAAGACAAACUGUGGCGGCUGCAACAUGAAGUUCUCCCACCCCCUCUACUACCGGAUGCACUGUUCAGUCUUUCAUGACCCCAACUACUCCCUCACCAUCCGCAAGUACCACUGUAAGGUGUGCGGGCUGGCGGUACUAGGCAAGGAGAACAUCAUGAGGCACGCAGCCGAGCAACACGAGGGCCGCGGAGCCUACCAGUGCCAGUAUUGCAAGAAGUUCUUCUUGCGGCUACACUCGCUGGAUAUGCACGUGACCUACUCCUGUGGCCGCAAUCCCGCCCGUGUCUUCCCGCUGUGUGACUACUGCGGCAAGAAGUUCUGUCAGCCGCAGCACCUCCGCUCCCACCAGAAGCGCAUGCACGCAGACAUGGCCGAGGUGCUGCGGGAAUUCCAGUGUAAGCUGUGUUUCAAGGUGCUGGGAUCGCGGGCGGCACUGCAGAGGCACCUGAAGGAGGUACACCACAAACAGGAUUUAAGCACUGGCGCGACGUGUGACCGUUGUGGCAAAAUGUUCCAGAAUAAGAGCAACCUCAAGAUACACAUGCUGACACACUCAGGAGUCAAGCCCUUCAAGUGCACCGAGACGAGCUGCAACGCUGCCUUCACCACCAAGCAGUGUCUCCAAUUCCACUACAAGAAAGUACACGGCUACACGGGGGAGAGCAUGCCCACUAUCGAGCGCUGCAUUCCCUACACCUUUGACUCCUACUCUGGCGGACUGGUCAACGAUCCAGGCAGGGGAAAGGUGCCUAACGCCAGCCCGAGCAAUGUCAGCUCCGAAACGCCGUCUGAGAACACAUCCAACCAACAGGCUGAGAACUCCCACGGGACUGACCCACAACCGGCCUCAGUUGGUCCCAGCGACACGCCACCCUCAUCACGGGCAGAUCUUCUCUUGGCAGCAGCGGCCAAACUGCCCCCAGCAGCAACCUUGCACGGCUAUGUGACCAAGUACGCCACGGCCACCACGCGGCUGGUCAGUAAAGGGUCUCGCAAGUGGCUUGGAGAUCCCCUGGAGAUGCAAGAUCGAGAUUACGACCCCGAUGAAAAUGCACGUGAUGUGUAUGACUUUGACGAUCGCCUGGAGGAAGAACUUGCUCAGAAGAGAAAGAAAGAUGAAGAAGAGACAGCCGGGGAAGAAAAGUUGUACCGGCGAGAGUCCAAUGCGUCGCUGCUGGUGGAGGCUGCCCUCAGUGUGGCCGAGCAGACCCUCAAGAUGGACGGCCGCGUGGGCGGAGUGGGAAGCCACGACCGCCUCUUGGGCUACAGUGGCCGCUAUUCGCCCCUCCCGCCCUCGGCUGUUGUAACUUCCAUCGAGCAAAUCCUACCACCUGACGCAGCCCUUGCCACCCACAUCAAAUACACCAGCGCGACGGAGGACGAGCGGGGACACCUGGAGUACACACUUGAGCGGGAAUAUGAUCCACGUGAUCUGCCUGAGGUGAUGGUCGUACAUGAGACCAUCGGGACGCGUGACUUGCAUGAUUCACUGGGCCAUGACCUGCACGACAACCUUCACGCCACCCUGGACCCUCUUCCACCUUCAUCUGUCGGGGACGACCUGCACUCCCAUCACCAGACUGACCACGCCCACAACCUUACCCUUGUAAAAUCAGAUGACCUUCCUCCUCCAACACCCGCCACCCCAGUGGAUCCAGGAACGCCCAUGGCUCCACCCACUCCCCUCAGCUCGGGAGGGGGCUUGGAACCCACCCUGCAGGUAUUAGACCAGCUACCGGUGUCGCAGGGACUCCCGGUGUCACUCCCCUCCUCCCUCAGUGUUGGUUUGGACAUGAGCUACAAGCACUACCGCCACGCCGAGCUGACACCCGUUGGCCAGGAGCAUUGCCUCCCCAGCCACCUGGAUGACUCGGAAACCUCUAUGGGGCUGGACCCCAUGUGUGAGGGAGGUCAUCUGUCGCCCAGAAAUGACCAUCUAACAGACCAGCUAUCACUACCCGAGCUGCAGCCACAUGACUUCCGUGGCCUGCCCGCCCUGCGCUCUCCUGAGCCUCCCCGGUCACCCUACCUCUCGCCCAGCCCGACUCCUGAUGCUCUUCGCUCCUAUCUGGUGACGACGGACGGUCUUCGCUCCCCUGUGCCGCUUGACCAAUGCGUGGACAUGACCCGCGCUAACCUCUUCCUCCGACCAGCUGACCUGGCCAGUCUGCAGCAGCGGUAUCAUGGGGAGGUCAGCCACCAGUCUGGUCGUGCCCAGCUGUACGAGCUGGAGAGGGUUCCCGCCCACUCGAUGGACCUGAGCAUGACUGGCCGCACGCUCACCUUCACCAGUGACGCUCACAGGCCGGGCUCAGUGUGCACCACCGUGUAUGUGUCGGAUUCACACCCCGAUGACCGCCACUCCCUCGACCUAACCCUUCCCCGGCAUGACCCUGACGUCCACCGCAUGGACUCGCCUAUCCACAAUCACCCAGCAGCCCGUGGAAUGUCUCCUCACUCCCAGCUGUCCCCCAAUAACCAGCUGUCUCCUCACAGUCAACUCUCCCCUCAUAAUCAGUUGUCUCCUCACACUCAGCUGUCUCCUCACACCCAGCUGUCACCUCACACCCAGCUGCCACCCUACUCCCAGCUGUCCCCUCAUGGGCAAAUGUCACCCCUUGUCAAUCUGGGGAUGGACCGAGGAGGAGUUGGCAGCCCUCCACUCUCCCCCUCUGCUAACCCCCCUUUGCCCCCAAUCAGCCGCAUCGUUGCGCCUGCUUCUCAUUCUCCAUUGCUCACCUCAAGACAGAUGUCUCCCAUUCCAAGGUCUGACUUGUCUCCUUCUUUCACCACCCACACCCACGGGGAACUUUUCGUGACGGGAAGUGCAGUUCCCCUCCAGCCUGGGACCCCAGUACCCCCAUCUACCCCAAAUUCUCAGAUAAGUAAAGACAGAUCAUCUCCCUACUCUCAAUACCCGUCAUCUCCCUAUCCCCGCCACCAUAACCACUCCUCCCCACCUCCGUCAUACCAUUACCAGUACUACUGACCGAGGCUCCCUCCCUCGCCCUCCCAGAUAGCGGUUGGCUCCCAGGACCUACUCUUCGCCCCAGAUACUCCAGAGGGCGGUCUCCUUUCCCCCUCUGCUCACUGUUCCUAGUACUGUACCAACGACAAAGGCCUGCCCGGUGUGGCCGCACAGUACCAGGACUGUCAUGGUCUUGACGCGUUGACAACGAUGGGGAAUACCUCACUGGAGGCCAGGCGUUCUUAUGGCGAUUUUUACUCAAUUAUUUUUAGGUACUGUCAUUCACCGUGGGCAUUUAUAGUUUAAAUACCCCGACUUCAUAAUUUAUAAGCUCAAUUCAACCCGCACUGAUAACUCAAAGGUUUUCGAUGAUCGUGAUAUGAACUUCUGAUAAAGAUUUGUGCUUUUUUAUAUGAUGUGGGUAAAUACUCUCUUGUAUUCGUGGUUCCUCUUCCUUCCCUCCUCUCAGCGACAAGGAGCGUCUUCCCCUGUUCUUUCCUGUCCCGUGUGACGGUCUUCCUCUAAGCGUGUGAGGCUGCCCGGCGGCGUGAGUUACGGUUGUCUUUUUACGGCUUUCGAAUGAACUUUUUAAGAGUGUCGUGUUUGUAGGAGGGCCUUGUAGCUUCCUCGUGUGUUGUGCCAAGGGUCACUCCUUCCCCUAGUUUUCUCAAGGACCUUCUUGUCUUGGUUGUGACCCUCAACUUUCAUGGUGUAUACAUGAUCGCCUCUUCCAACUCAGGGAGUGCUGUUUACGGAGUUCUUUCCAGUGAUCUGAGAGGCGUCAUCCAUAAGGGCCUGAGAGCAGUGGACUAACUGAAAUGCUGACACACUCCUCCUAUGCACUCAACUAUAACAUAUGCAAAUGCAAUAUAUAUGCAAUUUGUAACGAAGCCUGGCAUUUGCAUAGGCCAUGUUCGUGCGCCUAAGCAUCGCCGGACGUCAAGGAGAGUCACUCCGAGAGGCGGGCGGGCCGAGUGAGGGAGCCGCCUCCACACCUCGUGGAGGACUCACUCACCUCCUGAAAUGGCACCCACUGCGUCACUCUUAUUUUCUAUUUCGUGCCAAGACCCGGCACGGGGAGGCCGAGCCUUCUGUGCUUCGCAGGACCCUGGGACCGCGACCAGACAGUGUUAGUGAACGGAGUGAGAUAUAUAUUUUGCUGUUACAAUUUUUCAAAUUCCUUUAGCUGUUUUUUCCUUUUCAACUGUGAGUCGUGUAUAUUGUCGAGACAAACAGUGGCGAGUGGUCUUAUCGGGGUUUGUAUCCCAGGGCAGCCUGUUGUUUCUUUAUCAUUAUGUACAAAGGGAGAGUGAAAACUCGAUGUGAACCUUAUGUGCCAAUGUUUCUAGAUAACACUUGUUAGCUAUACCGUGUCUGAACCAUUCAUGUUGACGAUAUUUGAAGGUGUUGCAAUUGUUUUACGUGUGAAAAUGGACUAUUAAGUGUAUCCUCUGAAUUUGUGUACUUUACGGAUUGGGACUGAAUUCAAAGCAAUAAUGUAAGAUCGCUCCCUCUCAGUGCACUGACAACAGGAACGCCCGCUGGCUCGGCCGGCCAUAUGGUGCCUCGUCUUGCGACGCUCCCUCAGCCCGCGUUGAUUCGUGCGGGCGGCGGCCGGACAGACAGACAGCCAAGUUUCCUAUGCCGAGUUGGAACAUUGUCUUAAGGUUGUUGUCCCAGUCUUUAAUUAUCUAGUCGAAGAAAAGCUAACGUACUGAUGAUUCUCUGGAGUAGCAAGAGACUGCUCAGGUCUAUAAAAACUGGAUGUAGAUACUUCUCUGUGAUAAGCGGUUUUCUUUACCCUUUCUUAUAUUUUGUCAACUGACUGUCUCAUUCCUGUCCCCGCUCAGCACAACACUGUCACAUAUUUGCAUUGAAAGGUUUCAAGAGAGGCUCAGCAAAUUGCUAAAAAAAUUUAAAAAAAGAAAAUUGAUACAUUACAGAAGACGAUUAAACACACACACACACACACACACACACACACACACACACACACACACACACACACACACACACACACACACACACACACACACACACACACACACACACACACACACACACACACACACACACACACACACAUAUACACACACACACACACGUAUAUUACAUAAUCAUCAUAAUCAUUGGCUGAGGAAGGUCGGUAAGACGGGAGAAGAGUAUACCAGUGGCGGCGUCUGGCGGCCUCCUCCCCUGUGAUCCCUAAUGUAUCAUGCCCCGUGAACGUUGUGAUGAGUGUCCCGCAUAUGUGUUCCCCCAAGUCUCUCACACCUGAAAGAGUGGUGUCAACUUUAUCACUGUAUUGAUAACCAAACGUGUUUGUGUGAAAGUGUUAUUGGAAGUUAAAUUAUUUGUGGAAGUUUAUUAAUGGAUUAGAAAAUUGAUUAUUGUGUAUCGUUUUUAUCAUUGUCAAUUUGCAGGUGGGCAUUUCAAGUGAAACAUUUCCAUCUCAUUGGUUCAUGGCCUUUAAAGUUUCGAAGAUAUUCCACCAGGUGCUUAAAUUACAAACGAGUCAGCCGAACAGCGAGGAGUCUUAAUGGUGAUUGCUAAGUUAACACCACUUGACUAAGGUUGUAGCUCCCCGUCAUCUCUCCCAUUCUUGGAAGCUACCUUCAGAAAUCUUCAUAGAACUCGUCAUCUUGGAAUCUUAACACCGAUCACAUGCAGACCCGAGGUAAUUUUUUUAGGUUCAAACCAUUGUUGACCAACCAAAAUAGUUUUUUGGAGAAUUAUGGUAAUGAAGCAAUAAUGUACAACUCUACCUUCACUGUGUUGCCUACACUUGUUAGUUGGGAUUCCAUGUGACACAAAUUCUGGUCAUAGAAGGCUUUAAUGAGGUCUGUCAUGCAUUAGUCGUUACUGUGCACUCUGGCGCCACAAAUAGUACUAAGUAGUACAUUCUGAAGUGGCUUCCAACAUCUUACCUUUCUGAAGUUUCGUUCAAAAGAGAAUGGAUGUCAGUUUCCGUGUUAGGCAGUGUAGAGGAUCCUGUAGUUUGAAGUUGCGAGUGUUUAGGAGAGGUCAACUUUUCUCAUUUAGGUGACAAGUGGUAGGUGUGGCCCAUAAUUUAAGUGGUACCAAAAUUAGGGCUCUCCUGGUUUUCAUUCAAAGUGCACGUCAGCAUGUUUUAUAUAUUUUUCCAUUGAUUUUUAAUAGAGAUAAAAAAAAAAGAAAUUCCAUUUGUAAUUUAGAUAUCACUGUAGUUUCCUUUUGUGUACGUAGUGUGUUUUGUACCUGGCUGAGAGGUGGAGUGCAACAGUGCAGCGGUGUGGUAGACGCCAUAGUUUUUUGAGUGAUGUGAUGGGGAGGCAAAAUAAAUAUAUAUAUACAAAAAAAAAUUAUGAAAAAAAUAACAGGACACCAUUUUUCCACAGCGUAAAGUAUCCCAGCUAAAAACCAGACAUGCAGGACACCAGUGCUAAACAAAUAUUUGCAAUAACUGCCCCUCAAAAAAAGAUAAAUAAAUAAAAACAAAAAUAAAAAAAAAAAAAAAGGACAGCAGUUUUCGCUACAUUGUGAUUUGGUAAGCAAGUUUGUGUCUUGUGCAAUGCGGCGAGAAGGAUCACCUGCAGUGUGAAACAUGACCGGUAAUUCUUCUCAGCAAUUCUCCGCCGACGGCAACCUAAACACACGUGGCCAGGGAACAUCUAAAUUAAAAAUUGUAGAAUCAGUCACUAAUUGCUUGCUAAAGAAUUCAUUGGCCAAAUUUCUUACCGAAUCAUUCACUUUUUGCAGCAAGACGCAUUUUUUAUAACUGCACAAGACCAAAACCCGCGGACCAUAGUUGCUGAAAUAAGCCAAGUUGCUCACAUGACCCGCCAGCCUGCCUGGGGACGGCGCCGGGGCGCGGCUCCUCGCCCGUGCCCAGUGGGAGUGGUAUUGAGCUUUAGACCUUGAUUCUUCCAUGUUUUAGAUUAUGGAAAUGUUGAAGUUUUUUGGAUUUAUGAAUCUUUGUACCCUAUGAAUUUUUAAAUGUUAUUACAUUACUUGGAGAAUAAAAAAAAAACAGUAUUAUUUCGUGUCUGAAGUGUUCAGCAUGACUACUGAAUGUACCAAUAAGAUGUACUUAUGUGUGACAACCUGUGCUUGACUCGUAACGAAGCUCAAAUAUUUGAAUUUUAAUGUUAAUGAUCUUUAUACAUUUUCCCUGCUAUUAAGUGAACAUUUUAUUGUUUGUUUCUGUGAUAUAAGUUACAUUAAAUAUCAUUAAUAUAAAAGAGACUGG